AUGCCCCGAUCUUUACGAAGCUUGCACCAUCAUCACGAGCUGAGUCAAACCACAGAGUUCGAAGGCAAGAUGCGCAACUCCCACCGCAGACGAGUCCCCGUGGCUUGUGGUCGAUGCCGACGGAGAAAAAUCAAGUGUAGCGGAGACUCUGGCGAUGGCCAGGGCUGCUCUAACUGCCGAAGUGCUGGAAAUACGGACUGCCAGUUCCUACGAGUCAACUCCUUGAAACUCACGCCCAAAGCCAGCAACUGGCCGUAUCCUCCUCCAGGGUCCGGGGGCAUCUACACGACUAGCACAACAAGCAAGUCUUCACUGCUUUGUGGUGCAAACGCACUUCAGCUCCGUGGUGGGGCCGAUGACUACGAGUUUAGUGCAAGUGACAGCCCGGCCUUCUCUGACCGUCCGGCCAUGGCCAUGGAGUCUUCGCAGUGUGAGGAUAGCCAGUCCUCCACAUACAGCCAGUCACCGGCAUAUGUCCAGCCGGGUUACGGCUCUUCCAGCAAUCUUUUUGAUUACACGACGUCCGCCUGGACCUCGAAGGGAUGGGAAUCUGUGCUGGGGCUAAGCAGACCCAGUCAUAGCACCAUCUAUCCCGAUCCUGAGACAAGCAACUCCAUGGCCCAGUCUGCGUUUUCAUACCUGAUCCCCAGUCACAUUCUUCCAUCUUCAGAAGCUUCACUGCCCGUCACUGCAGCAAUGGCAGAAGGUUCAUCAGCAGAGCUCACUGCACAAGACAGAACGCUUCCAACGCCAAAUGGUCUCAAUCAACAGCCCCCGAGCGGAUUGCCGGGUCUGGCCUUCCCUCCAGAGCUGACACCAAGCUCGUCGCUUUCAGCAGAGGAGAGAAAUGCCUACUGGAGUCCACGCUCCGUGUUGUGUCAAGACUCUCGUAGCCCCAUCAUUACUGCCGCAAGCAAUGUUCUUUUCAGUAACAGUGCUUCCUCAGCCUCGAGCGGCCCAGAUACCUCUCCCAACUCAACCUCCGUCUUUUCAAGCCUCUCAAUGCCCAUCACGACAGAGGAACUGAUUUCCUCUACUUUGGCUCUACCAACUACAGCCUGCUCAAGCAUGCCUAGUGCAUCCUACCCGGUACAGGCGAUCGAAAAUUCAGGAGACGGUCGCGCCAUCCUACCAUCAAGCACAUGGCCUGGUCCAGCCAUGUCCACUCACGCUGAACACUCCCCUAGUCAUGAAGCUUACCUAGAGAAACCGUCUACUGCACAACGCAUUGCUGGGCUUUCAGAUGACGGUGCUCCUGGCCUCUAUCAUUACACCACCAGUGAGAAAUGCACUCGUGCUGGUGACAUCCGCAACGCAGGGUCGGUCACCCUGAUGAAUGGUGGAUUCAAGUACGCCCCCCCUCGCCACUCACAUCUUUCCCACUCACCUUACACACUUGGCAUACUUAGUGGUGAAAUGUCCGAAUACCACCAUGCGGUCGUGGAAGGGAUUCAUCGAGCCCCUGUUUCGCCUUUAGGUGGUCAGAGUGGUUACUAA